CAUCUCUCCUGGACAGCUCUCUGUUCCGGGGGCUGGAGGCAGCUGCACACCAUCUACCAGUGUGUAGAGCUGCCUGAGACGCACCAAAUGCUUCGCCAAACGUGCCGGGACUUUGCCGAGAAGGAGUUGGCCCCUAUUGCUGGACAGCUGGAUAAGGAACACUGUUUCCCUGGUGCUCAGAUACAGAAGAUGGGGAAGCUGGGGCUCCUGGCUAUGGAUGUGCCUGAGGAAUUCAGGGGUGCUGGACUUGACUACUUGGCCUAUGCUAUUGCUUUGGAGGAGAUCAGCCGGGGUUGUGCAUCCACUGGAGUCAUCAUGAGUGUCAACAAUUCUCUCUAUUUAGGGCCAAUCCUUAAGUUUGGAUCCAAGGAACAGAAGCAGCAGUGGAUCUCACCCUUUACCAGUGGUGACAAAAUUGGCUGCUUUGCUCUCAGUGAACCAGGGAAUGGCAGUGAUGCUGGGGCCGCUUCCACCACCGCGAGACUGGAGGGGGAUUCGUGGGUCCUGAACGGCACCAAAGCCUGGAUCACCAACGCCUGGGAAGCCUCGGCUGCCGUGGUCUUUGCCACCAGUGACAAGCCCUUGAAACACAAGGGCAUCACGGCCUUCCUGGUUCCCAUGCCGACGCCUGGGCUCUCCCUGGGGAAGAAGGAAGACAAGCUGGGUAUCCGAGCCUCCUCCACAGCCAACCUCAUCUUUGAGAACUGUCGCAUUCCCAAGGAAAACAUGCUGGGGGAGAUGGGCAUGGGUUUCAAGAUCGCCAUGCAAACCCUGGACAUGGGCCGGAUCGGCAUCGCCGCCCAGGCCCUGGGCAUCGCCCAAGCUUCCUUGGACUGUGCCGUGGACUACGCUGAGAAGCGCAUGGCCUUUGGCUCCCCUCUCACCAAGCUGCAGAACAUCCAGUUCAAGUUGGCAGACAUGGCCCUGGCCCUGGAGAGUGCCCGGCUGCUGACCUGGCAGGCUGCCAUGCUCAAGGAUAACCGGAAGCCCUUCACCAAGGAGUCUGCGAUGGCCAAACUGGCAGCGUCCGAGGCCGCCACGAGGAUCUCCCACCAGGCCAUUCAGAUCCUGGGUGGGAUGGGCUACGUGACCGAGAUGCCGGCCGAGCGCCAUUACCGGGACGCCCGGAUCACCGAGAUCUACGAGGGCACCAGUGAGAUCCAGCGGCUGGUGAUUGCUGGACAGCUGCUGAAGAGCUACCGGAACUGAGCGGCUGGGGAGGGCGUGGCUGCCGGGGCCCUGCCCAGCCUCGCCCACUGUCGUGGGGUGGGUGGGCUCUCUCACUUAGGCAGGGCUUCCUCCAGAGCUGGGCUGCCCCGGCAGGACCUACGCCCGGCUCUGGACCGACCCUUUGGGGAAGAAAGAGGACUUUUGUCAGCUUGGAUCUUGUGGACGUUGACCCACUGCCUUGGGGCUCCUUAUCCCAAAUUUGCCCGACUGCUGUGAUAGCAAACCUCAGGGAAGAAUGUGGCUGCUGCAGGCCACCUCUGUAAGGGAGGCUUCUCCCCAAGCCCAUGGUGCCUCAGUUUCCCCAUCUGUAAAAAAUAUUGCAUCCAGCACAUCCUUUUUUUGUGGAAGGUCUGGAGAAGUACUCAGCACCUUGUUCUUGUCCACUUCUUUGUCCCUGGGCCCUCUGGGGCCCCAAAGAGCUUGCAGACAUCGAUCCCACCAGUGCUGAGGUGGAGCAGGCUCCUUGGAGCUCCCAGGGUUGGGAGGUGAACCAAGAGGAACACUGGUCCAACCAAUGGCCAUUGAGUGCCGAGCAGAGGAGAAGGGAGGAAGGAGACCCUGGGGAGGGAGUCCAGCCCCAGGCAGCCUGGGCCACACCUGGGCAUUCCAGGUUCUUUUGAAAUCAUGUGACUUUGGAAGCAAAUGGCAAAAUAAACAUGCCACUCACCCAGCUGUAGCUUUAAAAAAAAAAUUAAAUUUUAUUUCAAACAAA